AUGACCCCCUCCCUCCGCCGCCUCAUGAAAGAGGCCUCAGAACUCACCACUUCACCAUCUCCGCAUUUCUGCGCCCACCCCGUCGAUGACACAAACCUAUACGACUGGCACUUCACACUGGCCGGACCCCCUGCACCCUCCCCCUACGCUGACGGGAUCUACCACGGCCGUAUCGUCCUCCCGGCAACGUAUCCGCUUCGUCCCCCUUCGUUCCGCUUCCUCACCCCCUCCGGCCGCUUCGAAGUCAAUCGAGAGAUCUGUCUCAGCAUCUCGGGUCAUCAUGAAGAAACGUGGCAGCCCGCGUGGGGGAUCCGGACGGCCCUGAUUGCUCUCCGGAGCUUCAUGGAUGGUGACGCGAAGGGUCAAUUGGGUGGGUUGGAUGUGUCGGAUGAGAUUCGAAGGGAUUAUGCUCGACGGAGUCGGGGGUGGUGUUGUGAUGUUUGUGUCGGUGAUGGUGGUGGGAAGUCCAAUGAGGAGGUCUUGAAUAAGUGGAGGGAGACGUGUCGCCUUAAGGGGGUUUCUCUGGAUGAUGAGAAUGAUCAGAAUGAUGAAAAUAAAGAUGAGAAGUUGAAUGAUGAUCAACCAGAGGUCCAAUCAGAGGUUCUACCACAAGUUGAACCGGAUUCAAUACCGACAUCAGAGCAGGUAUCUGAUAAUAGACAGCAACUGCCUGUCUCUCCAAUAGGUGUGUCUACACCUGUACCUGCACCGACGCCUCCUGUGUCAACAACACCAGAGUCCUCGACCCAGACUUCAGCACUGUCACCGUCACAAACACCAACACCGACACCGACACCGACUUCUCAUCCUGACUUACCGAUGCAGCGAUCAUACGAUCCCUGGCUGGAUCGAGCGAUAGUUGGGGUGUUGGUUGCACUGGUGAUUAUGAUUCUUCGUCGGAUUGCGAAUGCAGAAUAG